UAAAUCUCGUCUUUUAACUUUGAUGAUGGAGAUGCUUCUUAAUUUUGACCAAUCUUGGCCCAUGUGAUAGUUGUUAAUCAUCAACAUUAUCUCAUUCUUUAUCAUCAAACAUUUGUUAUUUGCCAGUUUCUUUUAAUUUUCGGUUGAUUCAGCCUCUAAGCAAAGAUGCCCCGCUCUGCAGUCAAAUGCCAAGCCAGCAAGAGUAGACGUAUGUCACCUGUCCCAGUGGCCCCACCUGCAACUCAGGAGCUGGAAAUUAUUCCUGGUCGCUUAACCCAAACCCAGUGGAUGAAUACGUUGGUCCACGAGGACGCUGAUGAGAUAGUGGGGGACACUAUGGAUGAACUGUUGAGCAAAGUUAUGGAUGGCUGUUUGAAGGUGUACAUUGAAAGAGAGCUAGUACCUGUGUCCGCAUCUUGGGCCAAGAACUACCUCACACAGAUUUUAGAGCAACAAAUCAUUUGCCCAGAUGAGGGAGAAGGACCAGAGGUAGCAUCUAAAACUGAGAACUCAGAGCCAAUGCCAGCAGUCUGCGAUUCCUGGGCUCGAGGAUGUAUGCCUGUUGUCAUUGCUACUCCUCAAUUAUCUCACCCUACUUCUGCACAACAGGUAUGCUACUAUCGAUAG